AUGGCUGAUGAUGUAGUACUACAAGAAGCCAUUACUGACGAAACCAAUGAGGAAUUUUCUCAAGGGCUCAAGGAAAAGAAACUUUCAUGGCAACAGUUGCGAAGACAUGACUCUUUGGAGAUCGAGUCCCGCAGCCUUCAUGGUCCUCAUCAUGGCCAUCACUCCAAGGAUAUGGGAUGGUCAGUAAUCUUGCGUUUAGCAUUUCAAAGUAUUGGAGUGGUGUACGGGGAUGUUGGUACUUCACCACUAUACGUGUAUUCCAGCACCUUCCCCAAUGGUAUCUCGCACAAUGAUGAUAUCCUAGGAGUACUUUCUUUGAUCUUCUAUACCAUCACCUUAAUUACUCUCAUCAAGUACGUGUUGAUUGUUUUAAAGGCCAAUGAUAAUGGCGAAGGAGGGACAUUUGCCUUAUACUCUCUCUUAUGCCGGUAUGCCAAGGUGGGUUUCAUCCAGAAUCAACAGGCUGAGGACCGUGAAGUGUCAAACUACGAGCUUGAAUUGCCGGAAAGUACUGCACGGAUGGCAUCGUGGCUCAAGUCUAAGCUAGAGAACAGCAAAUUUGCGAAGCAAAUCUUAUUGUUCGCAACAAUGCUUGGAACUUCCAUGUUGAUUGGGGACGGUGUUCUUACUCCUUGUAUCUCAGUUUUAUCGGCUGUGGGAGGAAUCCAGAUAGAAUCAACUAAAGUAACACAAGAUAUUGUUGUUUGGAUAUCAGUGGUUAUAUUGAUUUUGCUAUUCGCGAUUCAAAGAUUUGGAACAGAUAAAGUAGGUUAUACCUUUGCUCCGAUAAUUUGCAUUUGGUUUGCGUUUAUUGGGUGCACUGGCAUCUACAACUUCAUCAAAUAUGAUCCUGCUGUUGCUAAGGCAAUAAAUCCAAAGUAUAUCAUAAAUUAUUUUCAGAGGAACAAAAAAGAUGCUUGGAUUUCCCUUGGCGGUGUUGUCCUUGCCAUAACAGGAACUGAGGCUUUAUUUGCUGAUCUUGGUCACUUCUCAGUUCAAUCCAUUCAAAUAAGCAUGUGCUGUGUAACCUAUCCAGCUCUUAUUUUGGCAUACACUGGUCAAGCAUCCUUCCUUCGCAAGCACAAUGAUCUUGUUGCUACUACCUUUUACAAAUCCAUUCCAGGACCAUUAUAUUGGCCAACGUUUGUGGUGGCUGUGUUAGCAUCAAUUAUAGCAAGCCAAGCCAUAAUAUCUGGGACUUUCUCUAUAAUCCAACAAUCCCUCACACUAGGGUGUUUCCCUCGAGUGAAAGUAAUCCACACAUCAACUAAGUAUGAAGGACAAGUUUAUGUACCUGAAGCUAAUUAUCUUCUUAUGGUGGCUUGCGUAGCAGUCACUUUGGGUUUUAGGACAACUACUAACAUUGGCAAUGCCUAUGGGAUAGCAGUGGUUUUUGUAAUGACCCUCACAUCUUGCUUCAUAGUUCUUGUCAUGAUCAUGAUAUGGAAAACCCACAUACUUCUCAUAGUUCCUUACGUUCUUAUCGUUGGCAGUGUAGAGCUUUUAUAUUUAAGUUCAGUCCUCUACAAAUUUGACCAAGGAGGAUAUCUUCCCAUAACAUUUGUAGCAGUCCUAAUGACUGUAAUGUAUACUUGGAACAAUGUUUUCAGGAGAAACUACGAUUAUGAGCUUAAGCAUAUAAUUUCUCCAGAGAAGUUAAAGGAAAUAGUUGCUAACCCAAGCCUUUGUCGAAUUCCUGGGCUUGCCCUGUUCUACUCAGAUCUUGUUCAAGGCAUCCCACCAAUUUUCAAGCACUAUGUGGAGAAUGUGCCUGCAUUGCAAUCUGUCCUUGUUUUCAUCUCUGUCAAGUCACUUCCCAUAAGCAAGGUUCCAGUGAAAGAGCGUUUCCUUUUUCGUCAAGUAGAGCCUAAAGAGCUUUAUGUGUUUCGCUGCGUUGUUAGAUAUGGAUACAUGGAUGUGCAAAAUGAGCAAGAGCCCUUUGAGAAGGUUUUGAUAGAAAACUUGAAGGAAUUUAUUAAAGAGAAUUUAUGGGUGUCCAAAAAAGGGCUGAACAAUAAUGUUGAGAACAUUGAAGAUACACUGGAUGGGAGGCAUCUUCAAGAAGAUAUGCACUCAGAGUCAUUUGAAAGAGAAAUUGAGACAGUGGACAAGGCAUGGCAUGCAGGUAUUGUUCACUUCAUUGGUGAGACUGAAGUGGUUGCUGGAAAAGGAGCUGGUAUUGGAAAGAGAAUUGUGAUAGAUUAUGCUUACACUUUCUUGAACAGAAAUUUGAGGGAGAGUGAUGAAGUGCUUGACAUUCCUCACAAGCGUAUGUUGAAAGUGGGCAUGACUUAUGAACUUUAA